AUGGAUACGAAAGUGAUUAAAAAGCAUAAGAAAGGAAAGCAAAAGAAGCCCAAGCCAAUUAAUAAAAGAAUAACCCCGUUAAUCCGUAUGGAAAGACCGUUACGUCUUGUAUCUCCUCACAAUUAUCCAACGAAUACAUUUUCGAAAAAACGCGUAUCAUCAUCCACACCUUUUAACUCACUAGAACAACGUAGACAAGUAUAUCCUAAGAAUCUUUCACCUCAAAAAAAUGAUAUCAAGUUUAUUGGUAAAUUUGAAUCUGGAAAUUUAGAUUCAGUAUUUACAAGAGGAGAUUUCGCAUAUGAAAUUCACAUUUCGCCAGAUCCUAAGCAUACAGCUCAGUGGUUUUACUUUAAAGCAGAAAAUAUCAACCCUGGAAAAUAUACUUUUAUCAUUACAGGAUUUCAUAGAGAUACUGGUAUUCAUCAUCAUGGUGUAACACCAGUAGCUCUUAGUGUUACCGAUAAGAAACGCGGAAUUGGAUGGAAACGAAUCGAUUCUGAUAUCAAUUAUUGGUUAAGUAUCAGUGGGAGGCCCCGAGAAUACACGAUGUCAUUUGAUUUUACUGUAAAGAAACCAGAUUCAAUAUACUUUGCUUAUACAUAUCCAUAUAAUUACACAGAUUUAAACGAAUUUCUGAAGAGUCUUCCAAAUUAUGUAAAGAUUACAAACAUUUUAACAUCAGCAGGCAAAUUAAACGUGCCUAUGAUCUUUUGGGAUGCAGACAAACAGAAAUCGUAUGAACUUCCAGAAAAAUUUAAAGAAAUUCAUCAUGGAAAGAAGCCUUUAAUAGUCAUUGCUGCUAGACACCAUCCAGGAGAGACAUGUUCAUCAUAUGCAAUGGAAGGAUUUCUAGAAAAAUUGUUUAAUAAAAUGGAUCCAGAAGCCACUGAUAUACGAAACGAAUAUUCAUUUCUCAUUAUACCAAUGGUAAAUGUUGAUGGCGUUGUUUGCGGAUUUUACAGGCCAGGAUUAGACGGAAUUGAUUAUAAUCGCGUUUGGAAGAAGAAAACUAAAACGCAGCUUGGAAAUUCGAUAUUAAGCUUAUUAGAUGCAUUAACUGAAACAAGGAAACUCGUUUUCUUCUUAGAUUUCCAUGGCCAUGCAGGAUUAUUUAAUGCGUUUACGUAUACGGUCAAAAACAGAAGGAUUCCGUUAACAGAUCUUGCAUCUUUAUUCCCAAGAUUCAUGUCUAAGGCUUGUCCUUACUUUUCUUCAACAUCAUCUUAUACUUUAGGUCCAAAAGCUUAUGACCGAACAAUGAGGGUUGCACUUCAUCACAGAUAUAGCGUUCCUUUUUCGUAUACCUUAGAAAUGUCAAUUGGUGGCUCAACUUUGACGAAAACGCAUAAUCAAUUUACACCAAACGAAUACAGGGAAAUUGGUGAAGCAACUUUAACAUCCAUGGUGCAAUUGCUUCUAAAUCACAGAGAGAUCAAGAAACAAUUGCUUGGAAUUGCAUCUCCUCCGAAAUCGAAUCUUCAAAGAGAUUUUGCAAGCUUUAGUGACUUCAGAAUCAAAAGAGCUAAAAAGAUUGAUGAAAAGAUCCAUGAGCAUAGAAGACGUUUGAAACCUCGCUCUGCAAAUACUUCAGAUGUUGAUGAUUACGACAUGGAAAAUUAA